AUGCAGAAGCUCGAGAUCCUCGAUCUCCAUCAAACUCCCCUGACAAAGAUGGUGGAAGUAUCCUUCCACAACAUGCAUAGCCUCCGAAGUCUCGAUAUCUCUGGUGCCUGCAACCUCAGUCGGCUCUCGCUCAAGGGUUGUCGCUCUCUAUUGAGACUGGUCAGCCCAGAUAAACUUUCAAAACUUGAGUCGCUUGAUCUUUCAGGCACGAGAAUUGAAGAGCUUCCACACGGAAUUUUCAAUAUUACUAACAUGCGGUGCUUGGACCUGUUGGGAAUGGAGCAUCUAAAGAGGGUUGACUGGAGAAAGGUUGAUAGGCUUCCAGAAAAAUUAAAUUGGGAUCGAUGGGGCUUGGACUUGCUGCGUGAACAGCUCCAAGACAGCAGCAUAUAUCGCAUCUCGUCUUUGAGUUAUGAAAGACGGUUGGAGGUUUGCGGUGGUAAGAAUUCCCUAUACGGUAUUAGAGGAUUGCUCUCGGUGAUAGAAUUCCUUCGUUUAAAUGGCAAUGUGUUCAUUAAGGCAUUGUCUAAUCUAGGCAUGAAGAUGGACCACCUUAAAGAAUGUUGGAUUGAGAAAUGCCAUCAGUUGGAGUAUCUGUUCGUAGGAGGGACGUACGAUGAUGCGGCAAUCUGUUUAGAAAAUCUAAGGGUGUCGGAUCUUGCCAAAUUAAGGAAAGUGUGCCGAGGGGAGUUAGGAAGAGGGAGCUUCGCAUGUUUAAAGAAUAUAUAUUUAGAAUGUUGCCCGAAGCUCAUCAACUUCUUCUCUUCUAGUAUUCGGUUACAGAAUCUUGAAUUACUAGAAAUAAAAUUCUGUUGUAGACUGGAGAAGGUCUUUGAAGACGAAGGUGUGGCGGGGCAAAAUGCAUUUCCACAACUAGUCGAUUUACGUCUUUGGGAUCUACGCAAACUCAAAGGCAUUUGCGGUGGGCACUUGCCGAUGCUGAAGAAGUUGAAGAUUCGAGAAUGCCCUCUGCUGGAGAAGCUUCCUCUCCAUAACACAAAUGCUUCUACAUCAGAAGUCGAGAUCCAAGACAGAGAUGGUGCGGAGUCAGCCUCCAAAGACGAUCCACGGAUUAGAGAAGUGAUUGUGAGCGCUUCGUCAGGACACACGAAGAGACAAAUAUCAGGUAUCUACGGCAAUUAA